UUCCUUUUUUACUUCUCUGCUCUUGAAACACUGUUUAGGAAAGAAACUGAGGCAAGAAAGGGUUGUGCAAGGCAACCUGUCUUCUGUAAAAGCUCACAUCUGCUAAAUCUUACAUUGAUUGAGGGGGAGGCUUGAAGAUUUAGCUGCAGUGGUUCAGAAAGUUUCUGGCAACAUCUUAACUCUGGUCUUUCGUUGGAGCUUGUUGCCAUGGGAAGUGGUUCAGCAGAAGGGGCUGGAUGCGGGAUGCCCACAAAGACCCAGGUGAGAAACGGCUCUUUUUGCAUGACUAUGGUAUUCAAGAGAUCUGAACUGUGUCAGGAAACUUGUCACUGAAGUACUCUUGGAAAACUACAGAUCCUUUUGCAGCUGUUAAGCAGAGGUGUCUCCUGAAUUCUCACUAUGUCUGAUGGGGACUAUGAUUACCUCAUAAAAUUUCUAGCACUUGGUGAUUCUGGCGUAGGAAAGACCAGCCUUCUUUACCAAUAUACAGAUGGCAAAUUUAAUUCCAAAUUUAUCACAACAGUGGGCAUUGACUUUCGGGAAAAGAGAGUGGUGUAUAGACCCAAUGGGCCAGAUGGCGUUGGUGGCAGAGGACAGAGGAUACAUCUUCAGCUCUGGGAUACUGCAGGGCAGGAAAGGUUUCGUAGCUUGACAACGGCUUUCUUCAGAGAUGCCAUGGGGUUUCUUUUACUCUUUGAUCUGACAAAUGAGCAAAGCUUUCUGAAUGUCAGGAACUGGAUAAGUCAGCUACAAAUGCAUGCAUAUUGUGAAAACCCUGACAUUGUAUUAUGUGGAAACAAGAGUGAUCUGGAAGACCAAAGAAUGGUGAAAGAAGAAGAGGCUAAGGAACUUGCAGAAAAAUACGGAAUACCGUAUUUUGAAACUAGUGCAGCUAAUGGGAAUAAUGUAAGCAAAGCCAUUGAAACUCUGCUUGACCUCAUUAUGAAGCGCAUGGAACGGUGUGUGGAUAAAUCCUGGAUCCCAGAAGGGGUAGUGCGCUCCAAUGGGCACAGCUCUACAGAACAACUGAAUGAGGAGCAAGAAAAAGGCAAAUGUGGCUGUUAACUCAGUUACAACUAUGUUUAACAUAUACGAUAAAGUAUGAUAAAGUUGCAGCUUAACUGUUUAACUUAUGGACAAAUCACACUGUAGUUAUUUAAUGAGCUAUAUUAAUUCUUUAUAUUAAUUUUUGGUUUUUUCCUCUCAAACAACAUUGACCUUUGCUUGCAAGGUAUGCAGUUUAUUAGUGGUGGGACAGAAGAUUAAUUUGGUGUAGCACUGGAUAUUCCUCUAAUUCUCUACUUUGGAGGGAAGGAGAGGAAUUUUCAUUACCAAAUUUAGAAACAUCUCUCUGUGUGGGCAAUGAGAAAGGGUAGGCUUCUGAACUGAAGGUUUUUCAAUUGCCCUUUGAAGGCUCCAUUAACUACACAGACUAGGCAUUUAGAUUAGAUAUUGUGACAGCUUUUAGUCUCUACUAACAGCAAGCUUACCAACGUGGUUCUUGGUUUUCAACAGAAACAUUUAAUCAUUUCAUCAAUCAAUAACACUCUUAAAGAGCAAAUCCUGUGUUUUCCACAAAAGCCUGCAAGUAGCUUUUCCUUGCUCUCUCAAACCAUUGGUUUUUAGUGAUGAAAACCAAAAGAAAGCUAUUGUAUAUAGAAUAAAAAACUACAGAGAAGCACAGGGGUACAUAUGUAGAGCACUUUGGGUAUGUCAUGAAAUUGAACGUGUAAACUACAACCGUACUAUAUAAAAUAUAUCCAACACAGGCUAUGAGACCUCCUGACAUCAUUUGAAUGUCUAGAACAUGAAUUUACAUGUACUUAUAUUUAAAUGGCAUAACUGUACAUCUGUUGUUAUGUUUCUUUUACGUUACCAUUUUAACAGGAACAUAGGGCAACCUAGAUGUCAGCAAAAUUUCAUCGGAGUUAGUGCUUCACACUGAAUUUGUUUUAUCAAACACAGAUUUGGAAUGUUUCUUUAAAUUUGGAUUGAAAAAUGAAUGAUGAUUGUCUUCUGGUGAGAUACAGCUAAGACACCAGUUCUGUCUAGAUCAGUAUUUCUAUAAAUUUAUAAUGCUCAUUGUAUUCUGCCAACUUUUGUGUCCUGUACAUCUUGGUUAUCAUAUAUUCAUUUAUGGCUUGUUCACUUCCUUUAGGUUGUAUUUAAAAAAGAAUGGAGUUGCUUUUCUUUUUCCCCCUCUACGGAUCACAUAAACGUCAAUUUUUGUUUCAGUGGAUCAUGUUACUCUUUGAUCAUUUUUAUUUAUUCAUACAACCUAAGGAACAAUCAGUAUUUUUUGGGUCUUUUUUCCAGACUGAUUUAUAAGAUGUGCCUACCAAACUGUUUUCUACCCUGGCAGAGGUUGUAUAACUGUAAAGUAUUGCCAAUUAAAGUCAUAACAUGCCAAAUUGAGUCUUGUUACAGACUUCCCACAGCAGUUUGUUUACAAAACUCCAAAGCUAUUACUUCUUUAGAAAUUAUGUAUUUAUUUAUGUAAAUAUUCUAACUACUGCAAUUUCAGGCAAGCAUUGAUACCAGUUGUGAAUGUGAAUUGCAGCAUAACAAAUUUUUUGAAGGACCAAAAAUGUUUCUAGAAUAGGAGCUAAUAAAAAAACCCCCAACAUAUAUAUUUGAUGUAGCCUCUGGUUAUAUUAAUAAUACAAGAAUAAGUGUUAAAACUUGAUUCUUAAAAUAUUUUACAAAGUAAUGCAUUGUUCUUUAACAAACACAACAUGUAAAUAUUAGAUUUUUAUCACAGCCUACACAGAAUAUUUUUAAAGUGCAAUAUAAUUUCACUGCUCUGGGGCUAGGACGGAGAUUAAAGCAAUUUACAUUGAGUAAAUAUAGGUUUUUUUUCCUACUAUACAAUACCAAGAUUCUAAAAUGCUUGUGGACCAGAGUUACUGUAGUUUAACUCAGAGUGCCUUUUGAAGUUACCAUCAUGUUUCUGACCAGUAAAGUAUCAAACUGUACUGUAGGACACAAUACAUUUCAAUGUACUUCAGUGUCUGAAUUUCUUUUAAUGUAACUCUUUGCUUUUCAGAGGGUUGCAGUGGAACUUUGUCAUGUAUUAACUUUAAUGGGAGUUUUUGUGCUUAUAGCUCCAUCCAGUUCCUGAAAACGUUAAGGAUUAUUGCAACUAACUACUGAGCUAAGUGACUACUGAAAUGCUGUAAAAAUAUUUCCUUUUAAAUACUUAUGUUUAGAUUGGAUAUUAAAUACUGAAACUGUCA